UUUCUCCCCGAGAUGGCGGGUCUGACAGCUGCAGCCCUGCGCCCUGGAGUCCUCCUGCUCCUGCUGUCCAUUGUGCGCCUCUCGCAAGCUGGAGGGGUCCCAGGGGCCAUUCCUGGUGGGGUUCCUGGUGGAGUCUUUUACCCAGGGGCUGGCGUCGGAGGCCUGGGAGCAGGAGCGUUGGGACCUGGAGGCAAACCACCCAAACCAGGGGCUGGACUCGGGGCAUUUGCACCAGGUGCUGGAGCGCUCGCAGGCGGAGGCCCUGGGGCAGGGCUGGGAGCCUUUCCUGGAGGCGCCUUCCCAGGGGGAGUGGCACCUGGAGCCGCCUUCCCAGGAGGAGUGGCACCUGGAGCCGCCUUCCCAGGGGGGGUGGUCCCCGGAGGUGCUGCUGGUGCUGCUGCAGCCUACAAAGCUGCUAAGGCUGGUGCUGGACUCGGUGGUGUUGGCGGCGUGGGGGGUGUCGCUGGUGUCGGAGGCGUCGGAGGUGUCCCUGGCAUUGGUGGUGUUGGUGGCUUAGGAGUGUCUACAGGUGCUGUGGUGCCUCAGCCCGGAGCAGGAGUCGGAGUCGGGGCGAAGCCUGGGAAAGUCCCUGGUGUGGGGCUGCCAGGUGCAUACCCAGGUGGAGUUCUUCCCGGAACAGGAGCUCGGUUCCCAGGCGUGGGGGUGCUCCCUGGAGUUCCUACUGGAAUAGGAGUCAAGCCCAAGGGCCCAGGUGCAGGUGGACCUUUCGGUGGAAUCCCAGGAGUUGGGCCCUUUGGGGGUCAGCAGCCUGGAGUCCCUCUGGGGUAUCCCAUCAAAGCCCCCAAGUUGCCAGGUGGCUAUGGACUGCCCUACAGCACUGGAAAACUGCCCUAUGGCUAUGGGCCUGGAGGAGCAGCUGGUGCUGGGGGCAAGGCCGGGUACCCGACAGGCACAGGAGUUGGUGCCCAGGCUGCAGCAGCAGCUAAAGCAGCAAAAUAUGGAGCUGCUGGAGGCUUGGUGCCAGGCUUUGGCCGGGUCCCAGGUGCCGGAUUCCCAGGGGUUGGAGUCCCAGGUGCCGGACUUCCAGGUGUUGGGGUUCCAGGUGUUGGGGUUCCAGGUGCAGGGGUUCCAGGAGCUGUGUCACCAGCUGCUAAGGCAGCUGCCAAAGCUGCUAAAUACGGGGCCAGAGGAGGAGUAGGAGUUGGCGGCGUCCCCACUUUUGGGGCUGGUGUUGGGGGCCUUCCCGGCUUUGGUGCUGGAGUCGGAGCAGGAGCAGCCCAGGCAGCAGCUAAGGCAGCUAAGUAUGGUGCUGCAGGAGGACUGGUGCCAGGUGCUGGUGGCAUCGUACCAGGUGUGCCAGGCGUUGGAGGUGUGGCAGGAGCAGGGACCCCAGCAGCUGCUGCUGCUGCUGCUAAAGCUGCUGCCAAAGCUGCCCAGUAUGGGGUAGGUGGCGUUCCGGGAGGCGUUCCAGGAGGCGUUCCGGGAGGCGUUCCAGGAGGCGUUCCCGGCGGCGUUCCCGGCGUGGUUCCCGGUGUUGGUGGUAUUGCUGGAGUUGGGGCUCCGGCCGGAGGCAAAACUGCUGCCCAGUUGGCCGCCAAAGCCCGGGCUGCAGCUGGGCUUCCUGCCGGUGUGCCUGGAUUCGGAGCUGGUGCUGGGGUUCCUGGAUUUGGAGCUGGUGCUGGGGUUCCUGGAUUUGGAGUUGGAGCAGUACCUGGAUCCCCGGCUGCGGCUAAAGCAGCCAAAUAUGGAGCAGCAGGUGCAGGGGGUCUUGGAGGAGUAGGUGUGCCAGGUGGUGUGGCAGGAGCUGGACCUGCUGCCUCAGCUGCUGCUGCCAAAGCUGCUGCCAAAGCUGCCCAGUAUGGCCUGGGUGGAGCCGGAGGCCUGGGAGCUGGAGGGCUCGGAGCUGGAGGGCUCGGGGUUGGAGGACUUGGGGCAGGUGGAGCCGUCCCAGGCUUUGGAGGCGUGUCCCCAGCUGUAUCUGCUAAAGCAGCCAAAUACGGUGCCGCUGGCCUUGGAGGUGUCCUGGGAGCUAGGCCCUUCCCAGGUGGAGGAGUUGCAGCAAGACCUGGCUUCGGAUUGUCCCCCAUUUUCCCAGGUGGUGGAGCUGGGGGCCUGGGAGUUGGUGGCAAACCACCCAAGCCCUAUGGAGGAGCCCUGGGAUACCAAGGUGGGGCCUGCCUGGGGAAAUCCUGUGGCCGGAAGAGAAAGUGAGCUUCCCAGGACCCCUGACUCACGACCUCAUCAACGUUGGUGCUACUGCUUGGUGGAGAAUGUAAACCCUUUGUGACCCUCACCCCCCCUCC